AUGGAAGAGAUCGAAGCGGUGCUUGAGAAAAUAUGGGAUUUGCAUGACAAGUUAAGCGAUGCAAUUCACUCAAUUUCUCGAAUCCACUUCCAGAAUUCCAUCAAAAAUCCUCGCAAAUCCACUUACUCCGAGGAAUUUUAUUUUCACGGGGAAAAGAAAUUCAAUGAUGAUGACAAUACCGGGUCGGGUUUUGUUUUCAUGAAGGGGCUUCGGGUCGAUGACUCGAUAGUUCAGGAGGCCAAGAGUCUUUAUGCCAUCCGAACAGCGCUUGAAAAUCUGGAAGACCAGCUCGAGUUUUUUCAUUCUGCACAAACACAGCAGCAGGCAGAGAGAGACGCUGCAGUUGCGCGUCUGGAACAAAGUUGUAUUGCUCUUGCAAUGAGAUUGGCUGAACAUGACGGUAAGAAGUACAAAGUUAUUGAAGAAGCACGAGCUUUGGUGAGCAAUGUACAGGAGGCUGGUCUAUUUGUUUCACAGGAAAAUCCCUAUGGUCCAUCAACCUAUCCCCACAAUCGAAACUUAGCAUCACCUGAACAUAAGAGGUCGAAUAUUCUUGUCAAUUUCCUUAUUUCCACUUUUAAAUUUGUUUCUAGUACCCUCAAAUUGGAUCGCACGAGUGGGACUCUGGGAAAUGCUGCUUUGUUUACUAUAAGCAUGCUUGCAUUCUUGCAUCUUAAUCAAGUAAGUGGUAAAGAAAAAUAUGCGUUGAACCUCAACCUUCCCCCAAAUCAAGAUCUCAACUACACCAGAGACAGGAGCAAAGUUUAUCGGAAGGUGGGCUCGUCCUCCUGUGGUAAUUCUGAACAGUUGGAUGUAAUGUCCGCUCGCGGUUAA